UCGGUUGCACUUUGUUUCCAGUCGACUUCGCGUAGCCGAGCCAGCCGCUCGACUCUUGCCACGUGCUUCGUGAGAGAUAUAAGUUCGCGCUUUUUUCACCCCCGUUUUGCUAGUGCGUCGAUCUAUAAAGUGUGCAACUCGCCGCGAGAGUUUUCGCGAUGGCCACUUUGUCUUAGGGAAACGAGCGUUAUGUGCUUUGUUUGGUGGUGACGGUUGUAAAUGUGCGAGCGAUCGGUGAAAAAUCGGUAGCAAAACGGCCAUGGGUCGGGAGUCCCGGCUCUGCAGGUGAGAGCCUCCCUUUGGGCCGUUUCCCCUGUAAAACGGGUGAAUGCAACAAAAAUUUUCCAAAUUCAGAAGGGCCAAGGGGUACUUGUACUGGUGAGAAGAGAGAAAGCGAGACUCCCCCGAGGAUGUCGUCGCCCGGCGCGGCUCCCCUGGCCCGGGCCAACCAGCUCAAUCUCACCUUCGACGAUCUCACCUACGUCGUGCGCAACCGGAUCUUCCACGAGGGACGAUUUUCCUUCCGCUUUCAAGAGAGAAAGAAACUACUGACAAACGUAAGCGGGGAAUUUCGAGCGGGAGAAUUGACGGCGAUCAUCGGCCCGUCCGGAGCUGGCAAGUCCAAGCUGAUGGACAUCCUGGCCGGGUUCAGAAAGUCCAACGUAACGGGCGAAGUGCGGGUGAACGGCAGAGUGCGGACCUUGGCUGCCUUUCGCCGCUCCUCGGCCUACAUAAUGCAAGACGGGAACCUGCAGCCUCUGCUCACCGUCGAGGAAUCCAUGAGGAUAGCGGCAGACCUCAAGCUCGACUCCUCGGCAGCCGCCAAGCACCACAGCAUCGACGUCAUAAUAAAGGAGCUGGGUCUGGAGGCGGUGCGAGCGUCGAGGACGAAGAACCUGAGCGGUGGCGAAAAAAAGCGACUGGCGAUAGCACUGGAGCUCAUCGGCAACCCGCCAAUCAUGUUCUUCGACGAGCCCACCAGCGGCCUCGACAGCGUAGCUUCGCGUCAAUGCAUCGGCAUUCUAAAGUCCCUGGCGCGGGAGGGCCGCACCAUAGUCUGCAUCCUCCACCAGCCAAGCGGUGUCCUGUUCGACGUGAUCGACCACUUGUACGUCGUGGCCGACAGCUGCUGCGUCUACUCCGGCGGCUCGCGGAACCUCGUCCCCUACCUCCGAAGCUUGGGCCUCCACUGCCCCACCUACCACAACCCGGCCGAUUACCUUCUAGAGAUCAUAAACGGCGAGCACGGCGAGCACGUGCCCCGGAUGAUCGAGGCCGCGCAGAACGGACGCUCGCAACGCUGGCGGGGCACGCGCGAGGACGCGCCGAACCUCGACCGCAAACUCGCUUCCCUGGGGAUAGAUCGGCUGCCAAAGCUGCCGUUGCCCAUAAACGCCGUUCUCCACGAGAUCGGCGCCUCGAGCUCGGCGUACUACGCCAGGGGCUCCUUCAAGCAGCUGUGCAUUUUGCUCAGGCGCAACGCGCUCAAACUCUCCAGGGACAGGGUGCUUGUUUACUCGAGGCUUGCGGUGCACUUUUUGCUGUCGUUCCUCGUCGGUUGUUUAUUCUACAAGAUCGGCCAAGACGCGGCCUACGCCAUCGACAACUUCAACUUGAUAUUCUUCAACACGAUGACCUUGAUGUACAACGCCUUCAACACCACGAUAAUAACCUUCCCGGAAGAGUUGCCGAUUCUGGCGCGCGAGCACUUCAACCGCUGGUACAAGCUGCCCGCGUAUUACGUGGCCAACAAACUGAUCGACCUCCCGGUGCAGAUAGUCGCCGUGUCGACGUACACGUUGAUUUUCUACCAGAUGAGCGGCCAGAUACCGGAGCUCAGGAGGCUGGGACUGUGUCUGCUGAUAUACUUGCUCGCCAGUCUCGUCGCCCAGAUGGUCGGCCUGAUUUUGGGCACCAUCUUCAACGUACAGAACGGGGUGAUAUUUGGGCCUUUCGCCAUACUGCCCUUCGUCGUUUUUAGCGGAUUUUUCGUGCACAUACGGGACGCCCACCCCUACCUCCAGUGGCUCUUUCACGCGUCGUUCUUCAAGUAUGCCUUCGAAGGCGCCAUGGUUGCGAUUUACGGGUACGACAGACCAAAGAUGAAGUGCUCCAAGGAUUAUUGUCAUUACACUUCGCCAAAGACGCUCUUGGACGCGGUGGACAUGAAGAACUCGAAUUACUUGGUGUCUGUGCUGUUCCUCGUCGGAUUGUACGUUGUUCUGGAUGUGAUGGCUUACUCGGUCAUACGCUUGAAAAUGAAGCUACGAUAACGAUCGCGAUACAAGCAGUGUUUGCUUGCAAAAGAUGUUACUUCAAGAUAACCUUCACCGUAAAGUUUGAAUGAGUCUGUUGAUGAAAAAGUGGUAUAAAAGUGGUUCGAGUGAAAGUGCGUAAAAGAACAGAAAUGCCAGUGAAAACUACUGACGAUAAAAUAAUUGUUAUGCAUACGAUCACCAGUAAGAGCUAGUUGGUAUCAUGACGCUUAUUGUCAUUAUUUGCUUUUUUUUGUUUUUUCAUAAUU